AUUAAAUUAGAUAAGUCGACACAGUGCGCAAAUUAGCACACAAUCAACAAGUAUGAAGUAUCAAGCGGCGGUGUUAUCUUUGGUGGUGGCAAUUUACACCUCGGCGGUGAUCGGCGACGAUAACCUAAUCCCUCCUCGCCGUGAAGUCUACAAUAAUGGAAAAAUCUUCGAUAUUACUCACAGGUAUCAACCGGACAUGCCAGCUUUUGAGUCUAGCGAUGGUAUCGGUCAAUUUCUAUGGCUUCCAAAGAGCAUGAAAAACGGUUCCAUCGCUAAUAACUCUGAAAUGAAGCUUCCAACUCAUACCGGUACUCAUGUUGAUGCUCCUGGUCACGUCUUUGAUCAUUACUUUGAUGCUGGCUUCGAUGUUGAUUCCCUCGAUUUGCAUAUACUCAAUGGUCCUGCUCUUUUAGUUGAUGUUCCAAGAGAUAGUAAUAUAACUGCUGAAGUUAUGAAGUCAUUAAACAUUCCCAGGGGUAUAACACGCGUACUAUUCCGAACAUUAAAUACAGACAGGCGGCUUAUGUUUCAGAAGGAAUUUGACUCAAGCUAUGUGGGAUUCACAGUGGAUGGAGCAAAAUGGCUAGUGGAGAACACUGACAUCAAACUUAUUGGUGUUGAUUACCUAUCUGUUGCUUCUUAUGACUACUUGAUUCCAUCUCACCUUGUGUUUUUAAAAGACAGGGAAAUCAUUCUCGUUGAAAGCCUGAAGCUAGAUGAUGUCCCAGCAGGAUUAUAUUCAGUCCAUUGUUUACCUCUAAGGUUGGCUGGUGCUGAGGGAUCACCAAUCCGAUGCAUUGUAAUCAAGUAUUAGGAAGCAGUGCUGUCUCAAAUGCCACAGGAGGAGUGGAUCAUCAAUGAUGUAUGUAUGUUUAGAGCAAGAGGUAGAGAGAUGCAGCAAUCUGAUAGCAUUACUUUGAAUAUAGUUUUAUUUUGCCUGCUAGGUUGAACCAAAUAAAUUGCUGCAAUGGUGUCCUUAUGGAGUUAGAUAGUAAGUAGUAACAAUACCGCCAGUGGCGGAACUAGAAAAAAUAUCGUGGGUGGGCCGAAAAAUAGUCAAUCUAUUUUCAAAUUGAAUUUUUUGCUAUUCUAUUUUCACAUGUUACUA